AGUGAUGGCCUCCCUAAACAGCCCACUCGUUUCUAUCCCACUUAGGCCAAACCACAGCAUUCUAACUGUCCCUAACGGCCGUCCUGUUACAAGCCACUCGCAGACUCUCUCUCUCAUUGAUCAAUGCACCAACCUAAAGCACCUAAAGGAGCUCCAUGCUACAAUUCUACGCUCUGGCCUCUUCUUUCACCCUUACAACGCCAGCAAACUCUUCUCUGUAGCAGCUCUCUCGUCUUUUUCAAGUCUCGACUAUGCUCGCAAGGUGUUUGAGGAAAUUUCCCAACCAAAUCUCUACACUUGGAACACCCUUAUUCGUGCUUUCGCUUCAAGCCCAGAACCCAUUCAUAGCCUGUUGAUAUUUAUCCGAAUGCUUUAUGACAGUCCAGACUUUCCUAACAAGUUUACUUUCCCUUUCGUAAUCAAAGCUGCCGCAGGGGUUGCUAGUUUGCCUUUCUCGCAAGCUAUUCAUGGCAUGGCAAUUAAGGCCUCGUUGGGUUCAGAUUUGUUUAUUUUGAACUCUCUUAUUCAUUGUUAUGCUUCAUGUGGUGAUUUAGAUUCGGCUUAUUCAGUAUUUGUGAAGAUUGAGGAGAAGGAUGUUGUUUCUUGGAAUUCCAUGAUUAAGGGGUUUGUAUUAGGAGGCUGUCCUGAUAAGGCAUUGGAGCUGUUUCAGUUAAUGAAGGCGGAGAAUGUUAGACCUAAUGAUGUGACAAUGGUGGGUGUUUUGUCUGCAUGCGCAAAGAAGAUGGAUUUGGAGUUUGGGAGGCGGGUUUGUCAUUAUAUAGAGAGGAAUGGGAUAAAUGUGAACUUAACUGUAAGUAAUGCUAUGCUAGAUAUGUAUGUGAAAAAUGGAAGCCUUGAAGAUGCUAGAAGAUUGUUUGAUAAAAUGGAAGAGAAAGAUAUCUUUUCAUGGACAACAAUGAUUGAUGGGUAUGCAAAAAGGAGGGAUUUUGAUGCAGCUAGGAGUGUUUUUGAUGCCAUGCCUCGACAAGAUAUAUCUGCAUGGAAUGUCUUAAUAUCUGCUUAUGAACAGGAUGGGAAACCAAAGGAGGCUUUGGCCAUUUUCCACGAAUUGCAGCUUAGUAAGACUGCAAAACCUGAUGAAGUCACACUUGUAAGCACUUUGUCAGCUUGUGCUCAGUUGGGCGCAAUAGAUAUAGGCGGGUGGAUCCAUGUGUAUAUUAAGAAGCAAGACAUCAAGUUAAACUGUCAUCUGACAACCUCACUUAUUGACAUGUAUUCUAAAUGCGGUGAAGUAGAGAAGGCACUUGACAUUUUUUAUUCAGUGGAUAGGAGAGAUGUAUUCGUAUGGAGUGCCAUGAUUGCUGGUUUGGCAAUGCAUGGCCGUGGUAGAGCUGCUAUAGAUCUGUUUUUUGAAAUGCAAGAAACUAAAGUGAGGCCCAAUGCUGUGACAUUUACCAAUUUAUUAUGUGCUUGUAGCCACACAGGACUGGUGAAUGAGGGCAGGAUGUUUUUCAAUCAAAUGGAGUCAGUUUAUGGUGUUGUGCCUGGAAUCAAGCACUAUGCUUGCAUGGUUGAUAUCCUUGGUCGCGCCGGUCUUCUAGGAGAAGCUAUUGAAUUGGUAGAGAAAAUGCCAAUAGAUCCUAAUGCCUCCGUGUGGGGAGCUCUACUUGGAGCAUGCAGAAUACAUGGAAAUGUUGAGCUUGCUGAAAUGGCCUGUAGCCGUUUGCUUGAUAUGGACCCCUGUAAUCAUGGAGCAUAUGUCCUUUUAUCCAAUAUAUAUGCCAAAACAGGGAAAUGGGACAAAGUUUCUGGAUUAAGGCAGCAUAUGAAAGACUUUGGAAUUAAGAAAGAACCAGGUUGUAGCUCAAUUGAGGUUGAUGGUGUCAUUCAUGAGUUUCUUGUGGGAGACAACAGCCAUCCUCUUUCCAAGCAAAUCUACACAAAGUUGGAUGAGAUUGUAGCUAGACUAAAAUCCACUGGUUAUGUGCCAAAUGCAUCCCACGUUCUGCAAUUUGUUGAAGAAGAAGACAUGAAGGAAAAGGCCCUUAACCUUCAUAGUGAAAAGUUAGCAAUUGCUUUCGGGCUUAUCAGCUUGGGUCCAUCACAACCAAUCAGGAUUGUGAAAAAUCUUCGUGUUUGUGGGGACUGUCACUUAGUCGCUAAGCUUGUAUCUAAACUUUACAACAGAGAUAUAAUAUUACGUGAUCGAUACAGGUUUCAUCAUUUUAGUGGAGGGAAUUGCUCAUGUAUGGAUUACUGGUGAACAUGUUGCUUUGAAGAUUACUCAUCAAGCCUCCAGAAAAUGAUGCCAUUCCUUGCUAGUUUCUUUUCCUGAAGCUGUGGAACUAAAUUUCAGUGAAUCAGAACAACGGAAAAUAUCAUGGCUUCAAUUCUCAAGGACUGGUCGGUGAACAUUUAGCAGGAAGCUUAUGCUUCCCCAGAUAAAGUCUCUCAUUUGGUUCCAUGUGUACUUCUAAACUUUUCGUUGUAUAUGGAAUUCUUUUAUAUUCAGGCCUUCAGUUUUCGUUGUUUAA